AUGGCGCAAGCAAAACAUAUCUCUGACCCUCAAGGCAAGAAGAUGUCCUGUAGCAAAGCUGGCGGCUCUCCCCCACCAAGCGUGGAACAGGACCAAAGCUCGAAUGAGAUGGAUAUCAAGAACAUCUGCUUCGUUGGUGCGGGACAUGUAGGUGCCCCCUCCGCCACUGUCCUCGCUUUCUUCAAUCCAGCCCUACACAUCAACGUGGUCGACAUAUCUGAGGCAUUGGUUCGCAGAUGGAACUCGAACUCUCGUCACCUGCCCCUGAACGAUGAGCAAGGGUUGUGCGACCUUGUUCGAGUUACCCGUGAUGGUACACUUCCUACGUUGCUCUGGACGGAUGAUGAUGGGGCGAUGGAGAGGCCUGGAAGAAAGCCGAAUUUGGUAUUCUCGAAUGAUGUUAAAGGUGGUGUUAGGGAGGCGGAUAUGGUGUUUCUUUGUGUGGAGACGCCGACGAGGAGUGAGGGUGAAGGAGCCGGGAUGGCAGCGGAUACAGGGUCUUUAGAGAAGGCAGUUAAAGACGUUGCGAGGUGGGCAAAGGAAGGUGUCAUCGUGGUUCUGAAAAGUACUGUUCCCGUUGGGAUGGCCAGGAGGGUAAGGGAGAUGAUUUCGAUGAUCAGGCCUACCUUGUCUUUCGAGGUCUUAUCCAACCCCGAAUUUCUGGCCGAAGGAGAGGCAGUUAGGAAUCUGCUAGAACCUGAUCGCGUACUGAUUGGGUUAUCAAUGACAAGCACUGGUCAUGCGGCAGCGUUGGCGCUUGCAGACAUAUACACCACCUGGAUAGACCAAGAGAAGAUACAAAAGAUCAGCAACACGUCGGCAGAACUUGCAAAGCUGACAGCCAAUGCAAUGCUUGCGCAACGAAUCAGCAGCAUUAACACAAUCAGUGCCAUAUGUGAGCGGACUGGCGCCGAGAUUGCUGAAGUCCAGACUGCUCUCGGCAGUGAUAAUCGAAUAGGUGCGCAUUUUCUGCAAGCUGGGAUUGGAUUUGGCGGUUCGUGUUUCCAGAAAGACGUCCUCAACUUGGUACAUCUGGCCACAUCACUCGAUCUUCGUGAUGCAGGCGAUUACUGGUUACAAGUGCUUCAGAUAAACCGCUUUCAGACUCGCAAUUUUGUGCAGAGGGUCAUUUCCAGAUUAGAUGGAUCCUUGGCAGACAAGAAGGUGGCCAUUUUCGGAUGGACGUUCAAGAAAGGCACCAGCGAUGCGCGCGAAACUCGUUCAUUCCACGUUGUCAAGGAGCUGCUCAAAGAACCCGUAAAGGAGAUCACCAUUUUCGACCCUGGUUGCGAUCUGGCAGAUAUCAGGGCAGCGAUUCGUUCACCGGGGGGCUUGGAAAGUGGCAAGUCGGAAUGUCCUAACAGCAACGUCACGGUUCACGAUAAUCCGUAUUCGGCCUGUCAAGAAGCUGACGCAGUCCUCAUACUGACCGAUUGGGAACAAUUUCGCUGCUUACCUGAUCCAGAGAGGCCCUCUGUUGCCAAUCCCAAAGACCAUGGGGUAGGGGCCGCCUCCAGCCCAGCCUCAUACAUCUCCUUGGGCCAUACGGCGUCUUCAGGGGUCCGCUCAAUAAUAUCCAAGCUAAGCAUACGCGACAGUCCCGAACAGAAUGACAGGAGCAAUGCUUUUACAAAUCCUCUUGGCCAUUUAAAGCCCGAGUUACCUUGUCCUGCUGACUGCAGGGAUUGCAACAACAAGACAUCCUUGCCGAUGAGUGCAGAUGUUCAAGUCGAUUGGAAGCGGGUUUCCACAAAAGUCAAGAGCCCUGGAUGGGUUUUCGAUGGUCGAAAUAUGGUCAAUGUUGGUGAGAUGCAGAAGCUGGGGUUCCGCGUUGAAGCGAUUGGCAAGGCCAGUGUAUGGGAGAGUGACGCCUACUAA